UGUUUUGCUUUUCAAUUUGCAUUUUAAAAUCCCUAAUUAAUUAAACAAUAAUUACAAACAUUUAUAUACAAAAUACGCUAGUUACUGUAUGGAUACUACAAUUGGUUAUUUAUUGUGACUUACUGUGAAGUAAGAUACUAUGUCUUCAUUAGACGAUUACAUUUUUGAGCCCUUUAAGGUUAUAAAAGUUAAAAGCAGAGGAACAUCACUUCCUAGAGCUAGAAGUGGGCAUAGAAUAGUAUGUGAUGAUACAAACAUAUACUGCUUCGGGGGAUACAAUCCUUCGCUUCCGCUGAAUCGUAGGAACAUGAGUAACCCCACAUGGACGCCCGACAGACCGUUGUUCAAAGAACUUUGGAGCUAUUGCAUAGCCAGUCGGAAAUGGAAGGAACACAAAGUAAUCGAGAAUAUGCCUGACGAAUUGGCUUCCAAUGCAAUGUGUAUGAGUGGCCGGAAUUUAAUGAUAUUUGGUGGGACAGGUGCUCCAUUUGGUAACAAAUGUAGUAAUGAUCUUAUCACAUGGCGAGCCGCAGCCGGUGACGCCAAAUUCCAAGUCCUGGAGGUAACAGGCACCAGACCACCUGGACAGUAUGGACAAUCUAUCAUUUGUUACGAUGGCUACUUUUAUACAAUCGGUGGCACAAAUGGAUUUGCUUAUAGCUGUGAUAUUUUUAGAUUAAACUUGCAAACAUUAGAGUGGGAGCCCAUGUUUGUUGGUACCGGUCAAGAGGGUGAGCCACUAGGGAGGUAUCGACAUGAAAUAGCCAGGCUGGGGAACAAGCUUUAUAUUCUCGGUGGUGGGACAGGCGACUGGGCAUUUGAACUUAAGGAGGUGCCGAUGUUUGAUUUAGAUACAAAAUCAUGGACUAUACAAGCGACAAAAUCUGACGAUUCUUUAAGGGACAAUUCUGCCCCAUUGCCAAGAAAAUGUCAUAGUGCUGUGCAAGUGAACACUCCGAAUGGGGUACAGGUGUUCGUUGUAGGCGGUACCGAUGGACAUUCAGUGUUUGACGAUAUUUGGCGGCUAGACAUUGCAAGUAUGCAGUGGCGUUUAAUGCGCAAAUCGGUGUUACCUUAUCCUCUAUACUUUCAUUCGUCAACGGUUACCUCUUAUGGGUGCAUGUACAUAUUUGGUGGAAUUGAAUCAAAGGAGUUUGCAGCUAGUCGGAAUAAUAUAUUGUAUAAAAUGUGGUUAUGUAUUCCUAAGUUGAGUGAGAUCUGUUGGGAAGCGUUGCUGGCAUCUUAUCCGUCGCUGGACCAAGUUAGUCAAGAGAACUUAAUAAAUAUUGGUAUACCGCGGCACUUCAUACACAGGUUACAUGGUCCGUAAACAAUAUUUAACAUGAAUUUACUGUUAAAGAUUGAUCCAUAGACAGAUAGUCUAUGAAUCAAUGUUGGAUUUUGUGAAGUUAGAGGAGCUGGCGAACAGAACCGGAUUAGUUCGCGAGAAAAAAAUUUAGACAGUGGCUAAAACUAAUAUCAACUACUACUA